UGCCCAAGUGUCACUGGGGUGGGGCAAUGGGGGAUCUCUUUCCAUAGGAUGAAAGGAACACGACAGGGCAGCUGACAGGACAGUGGGUCAGGGAAGGUUUGCCCUGGGCCGACGGGUUCCCAGGAGGGGCCAGGGAUCAGCACACGGAGCAGCACGGACGCUUCACCACAUCCGGGCAAAUGGGCACCUUGUUUGGAUCCACCUAUGGAGACAGGCAGUUCAGCCAACUGUCCCUGGGGGAAGGGAAGGACGGGGAUGUGGACAAGUUGUGCCCCAUGGUGUCACGGGUCAGCAAAGGGGCACCCCUGAUUCGCGUCAGAGUCAGGCAGACACGAGGGGUGGGGGACCCCUUUAACUGCUGGCAGGGAAAAUUAUGUGGUCACCCCGGAAAAGCUGAACUCAGAAUGCAGGCUUCUAGAAGGGUCUUCGGGUCCUGGAGCGUUCGGGAGCCAAGAGGAGUGUUGAGGGGGAAAGGAGGGAGCUGUGUGGGAGAGGCAACGCCCACAACGACGCCCUUGGCGAGAUGACCUGACCUUGACCCUUACCCUGACCCUAGCCCCUGGCCUGCAAGCGCAAGAACAAACACUCCGUGGAACCAGGAGAUCCCCUUGCUACUAACAGUCUUGCCGCAGAGGUGCGGAGAUAAAGGGGCAGGCGGCCAAGUGGAGCGUCCCGCGGGCCAAUCAGAGCACAUCUUACCAUCACGCCACCAGCGGUCGGCCAAUGGGAAGGCCGAGGCCUCUAUAAAAGCUGACACUGCUUUGGUUUUUGUUUUUGACGAUUUCCUUAGAGACAAGUGGCUUCGGUUUUUUCUGUAACACUGCAAGCCAUGGCUCGCAGGAAGCAGACAGCGCGCAGGUCCACGGGCAGCAAGGCCCCGCACAAGCACCUGGCCACCAAAGUGGCCCGCAAGAGCUCGCCGGCUACCGGCGGCAUCAAGAAGCCGCACCGCUACCGGCCUGGCACAGUCCGCCACUACCAGAAGUCCACCGAGCUGCUGAUCCGCAAGCUGCCGUUCGAGCGGGAGGUGUGCGAGAUCGCGCAGGACUUCAAGACCGAUCUGCGCUUCCAGAGCUCGGCCGUCAUGGCGUUGCAGGAGGCGUGUGAGGCCUACAUGGUGGGGUUCUUCGAGGACACCAACCUGUGCGCCAUCCACGCCAAGCGCGUUACCAUCAUGCCCAAGGACCUACAGUUGGCGCGCCGCAUUCGCGGGGAGCGCGCUUAAGCGCCACGCGCAUGUGUGGGCCGCCAAGCCCUGAGUCGUCGCUCUCCCCCUAAAGGCUCUUUUCAGAGCCACCACCAGUCCACAAAGGGUGCUGUGCCAAUCGGGUUCUUUCUGGCUGGUUCCAGCUUCCUUAGCUUCCAGUUAGCUGGUUGUGUUCCCUAGGGUUCACGCGGGGGUUUAACCAAAUGAAAACCCUAACAACCGGGGUGGUUACCCAUAAGUCCAAGAGUGGAGUGGAGUGGAGAGGAGCCCACCAGAGUAGGGCUACCUAGAGAAUGCGGUUGGAGGGCUUUUUCCCACUGGGUGCCAGCAUGUUUGGUUUUAUUUUAAUGUUUUUUAUUUAAAUUUUUUUUAACGUUUAUUAUUGAGACAGCAUGAGCAGGGGAGGGGCUUCAAGUCUUUAAGCUGUCAGCACAGAGCCUGAUGAGGGGCUCGA